CAUGACAUUUCUCAUCCUAAAAAUUUUGUUUAUUGACGAGCGCUUGAUCAAGAGAAAUUUAUUUGAUUUUGGCCGAAUAUCGAGGCAAAUAGACGCGAUGGCGGAUAAUAAAAGUGAAUUGUUAGCCGUGAUGCAGCUGCUGAGGAAAUAUAAUUUAAAAGGGACCGAGGAUAUUUUGCGGCAAGAAGCAAACUUGGCCGAUGUUCCGGAAAACAUACAGACCGAAUCGGAAGUGAGUAGCGUUCUAGCAGCCUAUAAAAGCGAAGGCGAUCCACUCACCUAUGAGACGGCCUAUUUGGAACUGCGCCACCUCGUCGACGAAUCACUUGACAUAUACAAACACGAAUUGGCUAUGAUCCUGUAUCCAGUUUUCGUUCACAUGUACCUUGAACUGGUUUACAACAAUCAUGAAGCCCAGGCCAAAAAGUUGAUGGAGAAAUUCGGACCUGAGCAGGAGUACUACUAUCAAGAUGACAUUACCAGGCUAGCGAUAGUCACCAAACGUGACGAAAUGAGUGGAAACGAUCUCACCGAUACCUUCAAAUCGAAUGAAUUCAUCAUACGAAUAUCGCGGGACACAUUGUCACUGUUGAAGCGACACUUGCAGGAGAAGAAACAGUCCGUCAUAAUGAACAUCGUAAACGAACAUCUGUACUUCGACCUGUAUGAAGGUGUCGCAAGGAACAAGACCCAAUGUGAGGCCACUGCCGGUGCGAUGACGGGCGAGGCUAGACGACAGGAUAACAAAGUGAAAGUGUACUACGGCCUGUUGAAGGAACCAGAUUUCAAUACAUUCUUGGAAACUAAACCGGAGGAGGAGGAUGAUCUGGAUCCGGAUGCGCCCGAUAAACCGAAAAAGAAGAAAGCGAAGAAGGAUCCACUGUUUUCGAAAAAGUCAAAGACAGAUCCGAAUGCACCGGCCAAUGAUCGAAUGCCGUUGCCGGUACUGAAAGACAUCGAUAAGCAGGAAAAGAUAAAAUCGCUGCGUGAAGCAUCGAAACGGGUUUGCUUGAGUGCCGACACUUUGCCGUCAGUGUGCUUCUAUUCGAUAUUGAAUGCUGUUCAUAGUGUGACUUGUGCCGAAAUAUCUGACGAUUCCAGUCUCAUAGCCAUUGGAUUUGCGGAUUCAAUCAUUAAAAUAUGGUCAUUGACCCCGUCAAAGCUACGCGAAAUGAAGCCAGCCGAACAGUUGAAAGAUAUCGACCGUGAUGCUGACGAUGUCUUAGUCCGUAUGAUGGACGACCGAACAGCCGAAACAUGCCGUACAUUUUUGGGUCACAAUGGACCGGUGUAUCGUUGCUCGUAUUCGCCCGAUAAGACUAUGAUGCUAUCGUGCUCGGAAGAUACAACCAUUCGCUUAUGGUCGCUGCACACAUGGACGUGUGUGGUUGUGUACCGUGGACAUCAGUAUCCGAUUUGGGAUAUUCGGUUCUCGCCGCAUGGUCACUACUUCGCUACAUGUUCGCAUGAUAAAACGGCUAGAUUAUGGGCGACGGACAAUAAUCAGCCGUUGCGCAUAUUCGUUGGACAUUAUUCGGAUGUUGAUUGCGUCCUAUUUCAUCCAAAUUCCAACUACAUCGCAACAGGUUCCAGUGAUCGAACGGUUCGCUUAUGGGACUGCGUCUCUGGAAACUAUCUCCGUUUAAUGACCGGUCACAAGGCACCGAUCUACUCACUGGCAUUUUCAAUGUGCGGUCGAUUCUUAGCGUCUGGUUCAGCUGACAAUCGAGUCCUAAUCUGGGAUCUGGCACAUGGUCAUCUGAUUGCAGCGUUUUGCGGUCACACCGGAACGGUGCAUUCGUUGUGUUUCAGUCGGGACGGCACGAUAUUGGCAACUGGUUCCCUCGACUGUACGUUACGGCUGUGGGAUUUCACAAAGCUUUGCGAGGACAUCAACGGGGAAAAUGUUAACGUUUCGCAUAAUCCUGAUGUUCGUGACGGUGAACCGUAUCUGCUGCGAAGCUUUCCGACAAAGUCAUCGCCAUUCAUUGCGCUGCAUUUUACGCGUCGUAAUUUACUGCUAGCUGUAGGUAUGUUCGAGGGGAGUCAACAAUAGUUUUCGUUCGUUUGGUCCAAUUUUUGUCAGAAAAAUCAUUGCAUUGUCCAAGACGGUACAGUGUGGCAGUUUAGUCGCACUGACUAAAUGAUGAAGAAAUAAAAACCUUUUUUUUGUAAGAAA